AGCGAGCACUCUCCACCACACGGGCCCGCCCCCUGGUCCCCAACUUGGCACUGUCCGACUCGUCGCGUCAUUCCGCUUCCGACGUGUCGCGCAGUUCCGCCAUGGCCUCCAAGGAAGCCCGGCGUACCCCUCCGAAGUCUCGGCGGCGGCCGGAGGGGCGCGACCCGCGACAGGACAAGUACUCGGUGCUAUUGCCCACCUACAACGAGCGCGAGAACCUGCCGCUCAUCGUGUGGCUGCUGGUGAAAAGCUUCUCGGAGAGUGAAAUCAACUAUGAGAUUAUAAUCAUAGAUGACGGAAGCCCGGAUGGAACGAGGGACGUUGCCGAGCAGCUGGAGAAAAUCUACGGUUCGGACAGAAUUCUUCUAAGGCCACGGGAGAAAAAGUUGGGACUAGGAACUGCAUAUAUUCACGGGAUGAAGCAUGCCACGGGAAACUACAUAAUCAUCAUGGAUGCUGAUCUCUCACACCAUCCAAAAUUUAUUCCUGAAUUCAUUAGGAAGCAAAAGGAAGGUAAUUUUGACAUUGUCUCUGGAACUCGCUACAAGGGAAAUGGCGGUGUUUAUGGCUGGGAUUUGAAAAGAAAGUUAAUCAGCCGCGGGGCCAAUUUCAUAACUCAGAUUUUGCUGAGACCCGGAGCAUCUGAUUUAACAGGAAGUUUCAGGUUAUACCGAAAAGAAGUUCUACAGAAAUUGAUAGAAAAAUGCGUUUCUAAAGGCUACGUCUUCCAGAUGGAAAUGAUUGUCCGGGCCAGACAGCUGAAUUACUCUGUUGGCGAGGUUCCGAUAUCAUUUGUGGAUCGUGUUUACGGCGAAUCCAAGUUGGGAGGAAAUGAAAUAGUCUCUUUCUUGAAAGGAUUAUUGACUCUUUUUGCUACUACGUAAAAGAAAGUUAUUCAUUUACAUUUAUCGUGUUCAUUUCAAGUUAAAAGUAAAGGAAGCCUGGUUGCUGAUUUUUAUGAAAUGUACUCUUAGAGCAUAAAUCAUAGGUAAGGUAAAUUUCACGCAAAUCUUUUUUUCUGAAGAAAUUCCAUUUUGUAUGUCAAAUUAAAUUAGAGAAAUGAGCAGUGUUCUCAAUUUUCUGUAACAUUCUGCUGUAUUAAGUAAGACCUAUAAAUAAACCCACAUGGGGUUUUGCAUAAAACAUUGCCGCUUUUCCAUUAGAGUGUUUGAGUGCAGUUUCUCACAUGAGGAAAACUGUGAAAUACUCUCUGUAAAAACUGAACUUAAAGCUCUUUGUACCUAAUAGAUGUCAGAAGAGGAAUGCUAAAUAUAAUCAUGAAAUACAUAUGACUGUUCCUAUAUGAAGUGAAAAAGAAAUACAUACCUUUGCCCUUUGUUUAAAAAGGUAUCUCCUAUUCUUAAAUCAGGUAAAACAAUACAUUUAAAGCGCCAUUUCAGAGUUUGGUGCUGUGCAGCUCUUGAACUGAUGGAGCAGUUCCUCUGUCCAAACGAGUCUACUUAAAACGCUGCCUGACUUGGGGGCACCGGGACAGCAGUGGCCACACAGCUGCCCGCCUCCCGCACAGCGACUGCUGUCAGCAGGACAAGUGCCGCCAUGGAAGCCAAUGUGGCUGUCACAGCCGUUCUUAAACACCUUACAGACGACAUAAAUACUUUUUUCUCAAAAUACUUCUUUUCGUAUUAUUUCAGGAUCCUGAACAACACAUAUAUCUUUACUAAUAAAAUAAAAUAAAAAUUCCUUUCCUAUAGCUUUUCUCUCUGUCCAGAAAAGUGUUCUUGAUAGUUAAAAUGCAAGUUGUUCGGUCAAGCCAGUGCAAACAUUGUUUACUUUUGUUAAAGUAGGUAUUUAAAAAAAA